UCUCGAUUCACUUCAUUUGUAGUGGCUGCUUCUAGUUUAUCAAAUUUUUCAUGAUUUAUACAUCCUGCUCAUGAUAAAUUCAUUUACGCUAUCAUAAUUAAAUUAUUUUAGUCGAAAUAAGAAUAUUAACAAGAAUUUGCCGGCCUAUGAUGAAAGAUCAAGCGUAGUCUUGUUGUUAUCAUUCAAUCUCGCCAAGUAUGAAUCUGCUUUACAACGUGAAGGACGUGGUAUAAAUUCGUGAAUUAUUUCUCUGUGUCGGAUGGAAAAGAUUCUAAAUCGUUACUACAGGUGGAAAGUGUCUUACAAGUGUUGAACCUCUUCGGGAAUCUUCAGUUUUUAUGAGAUCACCAUCAACAACAGUUAGGAGCAUGAACUGAAAAAGCAUCAAGUUUCAGAACUCGAUGAAAUGGAUGGGAAAAAACGCAAGAGUAAAAAAAGUAAAUCCAAAAAGUCUCAUAAAAGUCACAGGCAUUCCAAAGACAAGAAAGCGGAAAAUGCCCUCUCUUCCGUCAAGUUAGUGGAAUAUUCUGACGUCAGCUCUGAAGAGCUCUCAAGUCCUGAGGCUGGUGAGAUACAAAGUGAGGAUAGCUUUAGUAAAGAAGAAAGAAAAGAUGGCGGCUCCCGUAAGCAUGAAUUUAGAGCCAUUCAAGAAGUUGAAAAAUUCAGGAAGAAUGUUGAGCGCUCUCCUGUCCCGGCACAUUUAAGUAGAUCCACCUCACCCUACAAUUAUUCUGAAGAGAAAUCUACUAAUUCUGACCAUUGGAAAGAAAUUAAUGACAGGGAAGUCUCUCCAAAACAGAUGGUCAGGUCUCCAUCUCGCAAUGAUGAAUUUCACUCUAAGAGUGAAAAACAUAGGAAACACAAAGAGAAGAAAAAGGAUGCUGAAAAGAAAAAUGGAACCAGUCCAACAUCUAGUAAGAAGAAAAAAAAGAAAAAGCAUAAAAGACGCAGUGCCAGUCGAAGCCUAGUUAGUAGUGAGAGUGAUAAUUCAAAUGACAAGAUAAUCAACGAGCCAAAAAUAUCUGUCUCAAUCACUAAUGAAGCUUUGCAUUCAAGUGACAGAAGUUAUUAUUCAUCAAGAAAUGAUGACCAUUGGCCUGUUGUCAGAGUGAAAGAAAUCUCAGAUGAAAAGUCCUAUUCUGGGUCCAGAUCUCCUGCUAGUCCAUAUCCUGGUUUACGAAGCGAUGAAAAAGUAAAUAAUGAGCGAGAUAUGCGGAUGCGGUCAGUUUCACCACACACUCCUCCGUUUCCACCGAAGUCAAGUAGCUGUGAUAGUUCAAGGAAAGCAACUCCUUCUCCACCCGUUGAAGAAGUUUUGGAUCAUGUCAGUAGCUCAAGACAUGAGAAGUUGAAGCAUAGAAGAUCUCCAAGUUUUGAAAGAGAAGAAACAUUUAAGUGGCCAACUUCUAACAGUCCUUCUCGGUCAGUCAGGUUACAUUCGCCUCAAAUGAGAAGUAUCACUCCUCCACCCAGCCACAGGAAACGGAAGAGAAGGAAUCAUAGCAGAGACUUCAAAGAAAGAGAGAGAAUGAUAGAGGCUGAUAAGCGGUUACGAAGAACUGUAAUCGUUGAAAGGCCAGAAAGGGAAAAGAAGUCUAAACAUCAAACUAGUUCCUCUUGGCGUAGAUCUAGAAGUAGAUCACCAAUUAGGUCACGAAGGUCUUUAUCAAGAUCAAGGAGUCGCUCAGUUGAACGAAGGCGGAGACGUUCACCAAGUCAUCAUCGAUCGCAUUCAAGAAAACGUGGACGUUCAAGAUCUCAUAGUAGAUCACCAUCAUAUCAUCGUCGCAGGCGUACUCGUUCUCAGAGCCGGGAAACAGUCAGGAAGCUGAGAGAAAUAAGUGCGAAGACAAAAAUGAGUGAAACAAGCUUAUUUGCAGAGUUAGUCAAAGAUCGGCGGAACCUAGAAAAACUUCUAGCUGCUAAUGACAAAAAAGAUGGAAAGGGUUCAGACAAAGAUCAGUAUUCCAACAAUGACUCAAAUAGUGGUGAUGCAUCGCAGGUGCAAGUAAUUGAAAUUUUACAAGAUGACAGUCAAAUGUCAAGUGAUAGAACAGACUCAGCGCCGACAAAUAAUAUGGUGAAUAACUACCCAUUGAAUUUGAAUCCUGGUUCAUUAUUCGGGCUGACAGAACCUCUACCAGUAUCAAAUUUUGAGCCUGGUCAUAGUGUAGCCCCGAAUCCUGCUUUAAUGACUGAAAAUCCUUUCCCUACUGAACCUGUCCCAGUUUCAGCACCAGUUUCUUACGGCCCGAUUUCUCACAUUCCAACCGUCGGAUCAACCAGUCAUCAAGUUAGUCAUCAUGAGUCAAUGAAUGAGUGGAACUCAUCGGGCAAUGCAUAUAGUGAGAUGAAACCUUAUCCUGUCCAUAACAUACCAUCUAGUGCACCGAGUGAUCAACAUAUGUGGGUAGCACCUGUGCCACCUCCGAGUUACGAUACACAACAGACUAAUGUAAUGAACCCUGCAAGUAAAAAUUUCAAUAUGAACUCGACUCCUGUAGUAAAUAGUAAUAAUGUUUUUCCAAGUAGUGUACAUAAAGAACAAUCUAUUAAUCAUGCUAGUUUAAGUGCGGUGAAGACAGUGGCUCCUAGCGCAUCGUUAUCAAGUACAGGAGGCCAUCAGCCAGUUAGUGUAAAGUCAAAACCUAGUCUGACUAAGUUGCCCAUGCCUCCUGGCACUAAUGCAAAAGAUUUGGAAAGUGUCGAUUCGCCACCCAGUAGAUCUCCUAGUCCUGAACCAAUCAAACCUCCAGCACCUGUUAAAGUGCCUGAGCCUGAAAAACCAAAACCGACUAAAAGAGGCAUUAAAGACCUACCACUACCACCAGUUGUCUCUGGAAUGGAAGAUUUAAGUCCUGAUGAUGAUAAUUUGUUGCUCUCCCCACCAUCGAAAUCUGUAGUGAACAAUCUAGAUCGCUCAAUGAAACUAGGUAGCAAUGCUGGUUACGCUAAAGGUAAUUUUGACUCAGGAGCAGCCAGAGCAGCUCGCCACAGCACAACCAAAUUGCGCCGGCCAAAAAUAUUGCACAAAAGACGACCGUCAAGGACCAGUUUUCCUCAAAGCAACCAAAUCAAAGACUGGGGUGAACGUUGUGUAGAUGUUUUUGAAGUGAUUGCUCAAAUUGGUGAAGGAACAUACGGCCAAGUGUACAAAGCACGCGACAAAGCUACAGGAGAUCUUGUGGCCUUGAAGAAGGUCCGACUGGAAAAUGAGAAAGAAGGUUUUCCAAUAACUGCCGUCAGAGAAAUCAAGAUCCUUAGGCAAUUGAACCACAAAAAUAUCAUCAAACUUCAAGAAAUAGUGACUGACAAGCAAGAUGCUUUGGACUUUAGAAAGGACAAAGGCUCAUUCUAUCUUGUAUUUGAAUACUUGGAUCACGAUUUAAUGGGUCUUCUAGAGUCUGGCAUGGUAGAAUUCAAUGAAAUCCACAAUGCAUGUAUAAUGAAACAGCUACUGGAUGGCCUGAAUUAUUGUCACAAAAAGAAUUUCCUCCAUAGGGAUAUUAAAUGUAGCAAUAUACUUAUGAAUAACAAGGGAGAGGUCAAAUUGGCUGAUCUAGGUUUGGCUAGAUUGUAUAAUGCAGAGGAUCGUCAGAGACCUUACACCAACAAAGUCAUUACCUUAUGGUAUAGGCCACCUGAGUUACUUCUUGGCGAAGAACGAUAUGGUCCAGCAAUAGAUGUUUGGUCUUGCGGCUGCAUCUUAGGCGAACUGUUCUUGAAAAAACCACUGUUCCAGGCAAAUUCAGAACCAGCACAACUAGAAUGCAUAUCACGGACUUGUGGAACGCCAACUCCCGCUGCCUGGCCGAAUGUCAUUAAAUUAAGUCUCUGGCACACUUUGAAACCAAAGAAAAUUCAUCGACGUAGAUUGCGAGAUGACUUUUCCUUUAUGCCUAGUCAUGCUCUUGACCUUCUUGACAAAAUGCUUGAGCUGGAUCCUGACAAGCGCUUUACUGCUGAGCAAGCAUUAAAGUCUGAGUGGCUCAAAAAUAUUUACCCUGACAAAAUGCCUCCACCUCAGUUACCUACAUGGCAAGAUUGCCAUGAAUUAUGGAGUAAAAAACGGAAACGUCUUCUUCGUGAACAAGAAAUAGCUGCCAAGCAACCUUUAUUGAAGAAUAAGUCCUUUGAAGAAAAUUUUGAACUAUCGGGUAGUGGAUCAGUAUUGGCUGCAGGCAUGAAAAAACCUCUUAUUACUGCUGAUAGAUCUUCCAAGUUAUUGAAACAGGAGGCAUGUAGUAGAUUUUCAAUGGAGCCGAAUGAAUUUUUCAAUGUGCCGAGUCUGCCCGGUGGCUCACCCGGAGUGUUACCACAUUCUAGGAAAUUGUCACCAGCCAGUCACCCGUUACAUGCAGAAUCCAAUUCAUCUUUGCAGGCCCAGUUGGCGAGUAUCUCACAGGCCUUAAUAAAUAAAACUCCUAUCACAAUGCACCAAUUACUCUCUUUAAGAAGCUGCUAUGAGCAAACUGAUACCCAAAACAAACAUUUGAUAGAUACUCUGUGCAUGGAGCUACAACAGUCACAUCUCACAGCCAAAAAAUUAGGAAAAUUAGAUCCUAAACUUCAAGUUUUUUAUCCUCAAUGUCUAGACUAUGGUGGUGAUUCAAACAGUCAAGCAGUGUACACCAGCAAUAUGGCAAUGCGGCAAAGUCUUUCAAAUUUAGCUACAGACAAAGUUCGCUCCGCACUAAGUUCUUUGUUGAAGAAUGCUAAUUUACCUGCUCUCGUUCCGAAUGGCAAUGCAGGUGGUUUCUGAGCUGCUGGAGUUGGCUUUUGCUGAUCGGAAGAAGAACCUUUGCAAGUCGUCAUGUCAGCGGAUCAUAUUAUCACUCAGAAUCUCUGUGUUGAUGAAACUGGUAUGUGAGAGAGUCAAAGCUUCAAACAAAAGUGUAACUACUUUAUGGUCGAGGCCACCCUUUCUCUGUAAUGUAUAAUAUUAAACAUGCCUUACUUCUUAUUUUAUUUUACGUGUUACACAUAAUCUUAAUUUUAUCAACCCUUUGUCCAUGUUCAAAUAAACAUGAACCUUCUUGUUUAAGUUAUCAAUUAUUUUGUUGCCUUUGAACACAGCAAUUUUCACUAUUUUCUCCAUGAAGGCUUAUUGAAAAGCUGCUGUUUGUGUGAAAGUUCUAUUUUACUUUUCAUGCAAUAUAUGUGUGAGGAUUCACUUGUAAGUUUCUUUCCAGUGAUCCUUUUUGGAAGUAUGGUCCUCAGGAGGGAUCCUGUUUUUAUUAUUAACUUUAGCCUCUUUGCUACUGAUCCUCAGAUUGAAACGAGUCAUAUCGCUGGACUUUCAGGAAGGUAGAUUCAACUUAUGAGUUACCUGUCUCUAAUUUAUUCAGUUUUUUCAUAAAGAGUCUUAAUUUAGGGAAUCGGAAAUAAAUUUAAGUUAAAAUAUCUUUUUGUUUUUUCGAUGAUUUUUAUAUCAUUUAUAUUUUUCUGUCUAAAAGCGCUUACUGGAUUUAAGUCCUAUUGUUUAUUGAAGGAACGUUAAUAUGUACAUAAAUUUGAACAGAUACCACUCAGUUGGUUAGUCUGUUGCAUUAAUUAAUACAGUCUAUGUUAUCAAA